AUGUAUCUCAGGCGUCCUGGAAGACGGCGAAAUAUCUUCCUGCUAUCGACAAUUCUCGUUUCUGUCUGUUAUGUUUCGCCUGGAGUUGCUAUUUGGCCGUUUCCACCGAAGCGAUUUUCUGGAAAUUCCUUGGUAGAUGCUGGUGCAUUGGGGUUGAGCGGUGACGGAAGGGUAGUAGCCUUUGGAGACUUUGACGGCGACCAACUUCUCGAUCUUCUCGUAUUAGGAUCCGACCAGCAAACGCUCUCAGUCCACCAUUGGAAUCAUGAUGCAUUCCAAUUUGUCGAUGGUGGCACAUUCAGACAUCCCACAAAAGUUUACAACGUUGUACCAGGAGACUUUACGCAUUCCGGAAAGCUAGACAUCCUGGUUAUGAGCCAAAGCCGAUCAAACAGCCAGCUCGACUUAACCCUAUACCCCUCCCUUCCUGGCGAUGGAUUUGACAUCGACAACCCCCUUAAAUUACCACCCUCAACUCUUUCGCAACCUAUACCCAUUGAUGUCGAUGGAGAUAUGAAGAUAGACUUACUUGGGAUGACUACAUCUUCGACAGGCAGCUCCAGCGAUAUUUUCCAAAUCUGGCAGAAUACGUGGAAUGCCUCUUCUCCGAAUCCAGUACUGUUUAACGUGCAGGAUGCCAACUUCAAAGGACAGCAGUGUACCAUUUCGAACCCACAUAGUAAUGCUGUUGUCGACCUUGAUGGAGAUUGUUUAGCAGACGUUUUCAUCGUAUGUGACGAUGGACGGGGCGGAAAGACAUAUCAAGUAUGGGUCAACGCCAAAGAUAAAGGGUUUUCUCUCUCCCAGCAAGGCAACCUUCCCUCUGGUACUCAGGCCAUAUCAUUUGCUGACAUUGACCGCGAUGGAACAAUCGACAUGUUUUUUUCGACCUGUCAGAGUGUGUCGUCCAAAGGUGUCGGUGACAACUGCUACAUCAACAUAGCAUAUAACCAGCAACUCCCCCUUUGCACUUCAUCAACGGAAUCGGGAAUUAAGAAAGGAGUCCGCGUCUGCAGGCGGCCGGAAGAUCUAUGUAUCGCGGACCCCAACUUCAAGUACGACUUGACUGAUACUACUAGCAAUCCAAAUUUCGUCAAAUUCCCACUUUCCUCCCUAUUCCCCUCAUCUCCAUCUUUGUUCGUAUCAGAUACAUCCUUCACACCGUCCCUUCCCGUCUCGCUCAAGCUUGGAGAUGCCAACUUGGACGGUUUCCCUGAUUUGUUGGCCAUAACUGUAUCAGGGAACGAUCACAUCCCACAUCUAGUUUAUUCCGUUCCUUGCGCCGCGGGAGUUGUAGGUUGUGCGAAGGACGGCACAGGACGGCGUGGAUGGGAGGUGGCCACGAAAGGCGUCGCAUCGCUGCAGAACAUCAAAGAUGCGCGGUCUUUGAGCUUCGUGGACAUGGAUGAAGAUGGCACCCUUGAUAUCAUGGUUCAGCGCUCAGGCAGUGAUGGUCACGGAAACUUCUUAUUUGUGCAGAACAACUUUUAUUACGACGCAUUCUUCCUGAAGGCCAUUGUGUUAAACGGGGCAUGCGAUAAUGGGUGGUGUUACAGCCCAAAUGGCUCAGAGAGAUACCAUCCAUUUGGUGUCAGCUACUCCGGUGCAACAUACAAGUACACAGUCCUCGACACCUCAGGACAUCGUUCCGCCGCGCAAGUCGGCCAACUCCCUCAAACAUCCUACCACUCCCUUCAAACGCCCUACUCCUUCUUCGGUCUAGGGCGCACGAACAACUACAUCGAGAACCUCUUCGUGGGCACGACGGUCCACGCGGCGGAGCACUACAUCAAUAUGGAGGGUGUCAUCCCUAAUAGCAAGGUCGUUAUCCUGCCGUCGGUGGUGGAGGGCGAGGCGUGGAAGCGCGAGUUGUUUUUGCGCCCGGGCGAGUGGAUCCCGUGGGUGACGGUCACGGUGGUCGUCGCGAGCGUGUUGUUGGCGAUUAUUGUGUUUGUGCUGCAUUUGAAUGAGAAGAGAGAGGAUGAGCUGGAGAGGAGGAAGAUUUCUCACCAUAUCAACUUUGAUGCUUUAUGA